AUGCCAGUGGAUUCAAAGAUAAACUGUAUGAAGUGCGGAAAAAGUCAUACAGAUGCAGAAAGCUGUCCAGCAAGAGGAAGAAAAUGUCUGAGGUGUGGUAAAGAAAAUCAUUUCGCUCAGGUAUGUAAAACAAAUUUAAAUAAAAACAAUGUAAGGGAACUUAAAAGUAAUACAGGUAAAGACAAAGCAUCUAGCGAAAGUGAAAAUGAGUAUUUUUGUGAUUCAAUAACUAAAAAAAAUAGACAAAUUAAUCAUAUAACUUGGGUAGAGAACGUUUUAGUUGCAGAUAAAAUAAUAAUAAAAUUUAAACUAGACUCUUGGUCUGAUGUGAAUAUAAUUUCAUUAAAAACGUAUAACAAAAUUUUAAGAUCAGUAGAUGAGGACAUACAACUACAUAAUAAGAACAUACAUGUAGAACCCUAUGGGGGCACAAAUAUUGAAGUGAUAGGCAUAACCAAAUUGAAAAUAAAUGUAUUAAAUAACAAAAACGUCAUGUCUCAUGAAAACUUUAUUGUUGCAAAAAAUGAUGCAGUAUCUAUCCUAGGCUUAGAAACCUGUCUCAAACUAAAAUUAAUGAACAGAACAGCAGUUAAUGAACUAAAGAAAUCAAUUAUAAAGAAAAUUGAAGUAAUGCAUAAAUAUAGAGAUGUGUUUAGAGGGGUAUGUUGUUUUAAGGAACCAUAUUCAAUUAAAUUAAAAAAAAAUCAUGUGCUCAUAUCAAAACCUCCACACAGAGUUCCAAUUAAAGUGAAAGAAAAGUUAAAAGAAGAACUAAGUCGUUUAUCUGAACUUGGAAUUAUAUCUAAAAUUAACAAACCCACCAGCUGGGUAAAUAAAAUAGUAAUAGUGGAAAAACCAAAUGGAUCAAUAAGAAUAUGUCUGGAUCCAAAGGAUUUAAAUAUGGCUAUAAAAAAGGAAUACUUUUCGUUACCAACAUUAAAUGAUUUAUCAGCUGAGUUAGGAGGAUCGAAAAUAUUCAGUUGCUUAGAUUUAAAGGAUGGAUAUUUUCAUAUACUUUUGGAUAAGAAAAGCUCAGAAUAUUGUACAUUUUCUACAAUUUACGGGUGUUAUUCGUUUAAUAGACUACCAUUUGGUAUAUCAGUAGCCGCAGAAGUAUUUCAGAAAUAUAAUACAGAAUUGUUUAAAGAUAUAAAAGGUGUUUUUAUAUAUGUAGAUGACAUAUUAAUACAUGCUGAAACAGAAGAAGAACAUAAUAAAAUAUUAAUUGAAGUACCUACUUGA